AUGGAUUCCUUAACAGUAGCGCUGACUCAACUCUCUAUCAAAUCUCCCAACACCAUGGGCUGGAUGCAUCUCCCAGGCGAGCUUCGAAAUCGUAUAUACGCAUACAUCACUCUCAGCUUUCCAUACGAGAUCGAUGUCGCCGUAUACCGCGUUGCCCGACAGAAAUUAGACAACAACAACCUACCUAAACCAAAGUGCAAACCAUUCUUCAAGUGCUUCCCCGGCAUCGCCUUUGCAAACAAGCAACUCAACGCCGAACUUUUCCCGAUGCUUGUUCAGAAGACACGGUUCUACAUCCAUUCAGGCGUAGAUGCAGCAUACCUCGACGAGUUCCUAGGCAAUCUACCAGUCUGCGCGCGGUCUGCUAUACAGCGACUCGCAUUCCCUGACUUCGCACGUUCACUUCGGUACUUCUCACCUCGAGGUCGGGAACUCGCUCUUAUCCAGUCAUGUCAAGGCUUGAAGCAGCUGACUAUCACGAUCAACACCCAGUCCUUCCUUCAGUUCACGACGCUUGGAGUUCUUCGCCCGGGAGGUCGCGUGUCGACACCCACACCCACCGACGCUGUCAUCAACGUAGAGCGCGUUGCUGGUCUUUGGGGCUUAUCAAGCCUCCAUGAACUGGAGCACCUUGAGAAGUUUAAAAUGGAGUUUCUGAUUGAUACGGGCUGCGGUUAUCUUUUGCGCGCUUUCAGGGAGCUGGCGGAGUGGGUCUUGGUACACCUUGCCUUCGCGACUGUAAAAGAAGGGCGGGUUCGAAACGAGGUGAAGCAGGUUCGCAAGCACUUAGUUGAGUUCUCGGGUAGGCAUGGGACAUGCGAUCUCGCGAUUUGCAUGUUUCUUAUCGAGCGAAAAUAAGCUGCCAAUGCGGUAGGGCUUGAGAAACAGCUGGUACAGGAGCAGUAGCCACAAACAGAACUGGGGUCUAAUAUUCAGGUCAUCAUCCCGUUAUCCAUGAUGGUACACAUGGACAUCCUCUCCCUCCC